AUGAGCAAACUAACCAUCAAUCAAUCAUCCAUCGAACUAGAAUCUCAUUUAUUAACCACUUAUGAUAAUCUAUUAAACAGUACAAUCAAAUCAAAUCAACAACAACUCAAAAUCAGUCAUCUCUCAUUAUCGAUCAUUAAACAAUUCUUGAUUCAUUUCACUCUAGGAUCUCAUCAUCAAAAGAAAGAUGCUAUCGAGUUUAUCAAAUCUCAAUCUCAACUUCAACUCAAUGCCACCAUGAUCUUGAUCAGAUGGAUCUCAAAAAUUUCAGAUCGAAUCUUAUCUACCGAUCCACAUCAAAUCGAUGCUGAACUUCUUCAUCAAUUCGUUUUGGCUCUUACUCUGAUCCAAGGUCUUCUUCACUUACAUCCUCCAUCUCAAAAGUUAUUCUCAUCUCAAUUCAACUUACAGAUCCUUCUCAGGUUCCUUUCACCUUCUUUAGAGAUUCGUGAAUUACAAUCAAUCACGAUCCCUUUACUUGAUUUACUUUUAACUACUUUUAUAGAUUCAAGUUUUAAUAAACAACUGUUUGAAUCAUCAGGUGGACUUGAAAUCUUAAUUAAAGCGAUGAAAAAUAAACAAAUCAAAAAAGAAUUUCGUGUAAAAGUUCUUGAAACUGUUUGGGGUUGGUGGAUUGAUGAAGAACUUGAUGAUGAUGAUGAUACUCAUAAUCCGAUUUCAAAACCAUCUAAACUGAAUCCAUUUCAACAACAAAACACUCCAACUCAAUCUUCUGUUACUUCAACUCCUGUUAGAUCUACUCAUCAUCAAUCUGAUCGAAAAGGUCGAGGAAUCGAUCGAAAUGAUGAAAACUCAAAAGCUACUCCAGGAAACUCUCGUCUGCGACCAAUCUCGUUACCACCACCAUCCAUUACCACCACCAUGGCCGAUAACGAUCUUGAAACGUCAGAUAAAGAAACACCAAGAGCUCGUAAGAUGUCAACUCCAAUUCAUACGCCUACUCCAGAUUCUCAUCGGACUAGAGGGAUCGGUCAAGGUCAUUCUCGAGUACAAUCAUCAGAUAGGAGAUUAGGUUCAUCUGAUAUGAUCAAAUCAUCAUCAGCGCCAAGUCCUAUGGUCAAAUCAACCACCUCAAGUCCCAUGAUCAAAUCAUCUUCUUUAUCAAAUGGACUUCCGAGUCCGAUGGUGAAACCUACUUCUUCUGGUCUUCCAGGAAUCACAACACCCGUGAUGAAAUCUUCUUCUGGUCUACCUGGUACUCCGAAUCCAAUAGUGAAACCACCAUCAUCAUCAACAACAACUUCGAUUCCUCCUCGAUUGACUGGUGAUCCAUCCACUAGGUUACGGCAGAUGUUAGAAAACACAGCCAGUGAUUUCGUGCCAGCUACACCUCAACAUAAUCGAAUCAAACUUACACAAACACCUACUAGAAGAGGAUACGGAUUAAACAAAUCACAACCGGCCACUUCUCGUAGUAGUCAUCGACAAGCUCAUCUGUCAUCAGAGAGUGAUGAUAUUCCAGAAGAAAGUGAUGAAGAUCAACAAGAGACACCUACUAAAUUGUUUCCUAAAGCUGAGAAAUUGGGAAAUGGAUUGGGUCAUCAAGCUUUGAGUGGGAGAAGGGUUGGAGGGAUUAAUACGCCACAGAGGAUGUUGAGACAUAAACAGUCUGCUUCAUUAGGAUCGAUUCAGUUUCAAAGUACGAAAGCUAGGAUCGGAUCUGAUGAAGAUCAAGAAUCGCCACAAGUUUAUCGAAGAACGAAUCGAGAAGAAGCUUUUUGGAAUGGAGAAAGUAGUGGAGAUGAUCAACCAAAAGGAGGAGUGAAGUAUGAGAAUGAAAAACGAAGGAAUCGAACGGAUUUACCAUUGAGUAAGGAUCGAAUCAAUUUAAGAGAACGAACGUCUUCUUCUGAGACUACGAAUCAUGAGACGAGUUUGAGUCAGGAUGAAGGACCUCAUAAAGAAGAAGCUAAGAGAAGAUUACGUAGGUCUAGAGGAUCGAUAGAUGGAGUGAAAUUAACUUCGAUCUUGUCUACUACUACAGCUUCUAGACCUGGAACACCUAAUUCAAGUCAUAGUAGACCUAUUACGCCAGUUUCUAGACCUAUGACUCCUUCAUCUAGUGCUUCUUCAACACCUUUGAAUAAGAAGAUGUUUUUAACUAAACCUAAUCAUCAUCAACCAUCAAGUUCAUCAAGUUCAUCAUUAACCAACACCCCGAAUAUGAAAAAAGUCAAUAAGAAAGAUAUCGAAAUGAUCAUUAAUGAAGAUAGUGGAAUACUUGAACAAACUUUUGGUGAAGGAUCAGGAGCUGGAGGAAGUAGUAGUAGUGUGAUGAGUAUUAAGAAACAUCAAACGCUUGAAAAGUAUAUGGGAAAUAGUGAACAACUUUUAAGGAGGUUUGAAGAGAUGAAGAUCGGAUUGAAUAUGAUGAUGGUUAAUGGAACUUAA